AGACCUGGAUACUACAAGAUUGUUGGCAUCAUACUGGCAGUGUGCUCGGGUCUCUUCAUCGGCUGUUCCUUCGUUAUCAAAAAGGUGGGACUGCUCAAAGCCAAUGUGAAGUACAAUGAGGAGGCGGGAGAAGGCUACGGAUACCUCAAGAACGCUUGGUGGUGGUUGGGCAUGACACUCAUGAUCAUUGGCGAGAUCUGCAAUUUUGUUGCCUACGCAUUUGUGGACGCCAUUCUGGUGACACCACUCGGAGCCCUAUCAGUCGUAAUCACAGCUAUCUUGUCGUCUAUCUUCCUCAAGGAACGACUGAGCUUCGUGGGUUGGGUGGCUUGCUUUCUCUGCAUCGUCGGCUCAGUCGUCAUCACGCUCAAUGCUCCCGAACAAUCCGCUGUCAGCAACAUUCAGGAAAUGCAACACUAUGUCAUUGCUCCCGGCUUCUUGAGCUACGCUGGCGUCAUCAUUGUUGGCUGCACCUUUGUUGCUCUCUGGCUCGCCCCACGAUACGCGAAGAAGAGCAUGCUGGUGUAUCUGACCAUAUGCAGCCUGAUCGGAGGUCUUAGUGUGGUGGCAACGCAAGGCCUGGGUUCUGCAAUCAUUGCCCAGAUCAGCGGCCAGUCCCAGUUCAAUAAGUGGUUCCUUUACGUGCUCUUCGUCUUCAAAGCACUCAACAUCUUCAACGCCGCCCUGGUAACACCCACCUACUACGUCUACUUCACGUCCGCCACCAUCGUAACUUCGGCCGUUCUGUUCCGUGGCUUUCAUGGCACAUCGACCCAGAUCAUCGAUGUAGUCAUGGGCUUCCUGACCAUCUGCUCUGGAGUCAUUCUGUUACAGCUGGCGAAAUCAUCGAAAGAUGUCCCCGAUACGAAAGUGCUCAGUGGUGAUCUCGAUCAAAUCAGAACCGUCGCCGAAGUUGAAGAGAAGGAAUAUGAGCCUCGUGCAGACACGAUUCGUGGUGGUGCCGGUAUUGUUCGUGCACUGAGCACCGUACGCACGAGACGUGAAGCAGAGGAAGCGAAGCGCAUACACGAAGAGCGCAUGGAGCCAAUCGGCGAGAACGAGGAAGUAGAAUGGGACGGACUUCGAAGACGGAAGACCGUAUCGACGCAAGGCGGCUCAGUACGGCGGACAAAGACCAUCCAUCCUCCACUAGGCAUGUCGCAUAUGCCGGACUCAGAUCAGGUGUCAGAACCUGACAGCGAAGUGCAUCCCGGCUUCUUCGGUAGAAUUGGACGAAACUUCACACAACGACGACAACGAGGGCAUAGUCCGGUGCCCUUAGAUAGUGUCCAGGCAGACCCGUCUGAUACCGAAGCGCAUGUGUAUGGCCUUCCUGCAGGCCUUCGAAGGCACGAUGACGAGUAUUCGGAUACCGCAUAUAAGAGUCCUGUUGCAUCAGCUUCGGGAAGCCAGCAUAUACACUGGGCUGGAGGAGAGCGCGAUCGAGCGGACAGCCAGAGCAGUAGCCUUGCCCCUCCUAGACCUCCUCCGCAUGGGGCUGGCAGUGCAAGAAGGCAGUUCUCGUUCCAGAAUGUGACGAAUGUCUUCUCGCGAAAUAGGAGCGAUGCUGGCUCUGCGGACGGUUCAAGGCCCAUUAGUAGAGGCGCCUUAUCUUUCGCGAGCCGACGCUCAAGCAAAGAGUACCCAACCGGCAACAACACGACAGAAGAGGAGCGGCUUGGACUUGUGCAUGGUGACAGCCACAAAGUCUUACCCACUUACGCAGAAGAGCGUGAGUCGCCAGAGCGAGACAGCGACGAAUGGCAAGUCACUUCAGGCGCCUCGUCAAGUCCUGAACACAUUGGCACGAGUACUGGUGAUCUUGGAGCUCCUGGACGAAGACGAAGUGAUGACGAC